AUGUCCCCUGAGCUCCGUACAGAGUUGCCGGAAUCCCGCCUCGAACCCACCGGCUUGCCGACCUCAUCGCCGGAGGUCCUCACCUUAACCCCCAGCGGCUUUCCGGUCUCCUCGUUGGUCUUCAGCACCAAACCCCACUCGGCUGCCCGUUGGGCAGCCGCCCCUAUCUCCCCCUUCGUGCCUUGCCGGCCGCCCGACGCCGGCGGCGAUGAUCCCGGAAUUGUCUCCGGCGACGGCUCCUUGAGAGCCAUCCACGAGGUGGUUACGGGUAUUCCCUCGUCAGAGUCCAUCCUCCCGGACUUCGACGAGAGCUGCCUUUCCUGGUCGUCAUCCGGGCGGCUGCCGCCCCAGCUCCGCCAUGACGCCGCCGGAGGCGGCGGCCGGAAGGAGGAGAAGUGA